CCCCUCCCAUCAUUAGGGGACAUUAUCAUUCUACAAACACAAAAAACAUUUUAUUCUGUCACAACAAACUAAUCAACCCCAAGCCCGUUGAGGCAAAGGGGUAAGUAGAAAGAGAGGAAGAAAACACUUUUUUUCUCUCUUUCUUAAUUUUUUUCAAUAUCGUGUUUCUUGUUCAUUUUAAUAUUAGUCUCUCCACGUGAAAAGGUAAUUGGCCUUGAUAACAUUCCUUGGAAGGCAAGCUAUGAGAAAAUCAUGUCCUAAUUUUGACAAAGCAGAUGGAUUGGAUACAAUUCUGGAAGUGCCUAUUCCAGAGGAAAUGUUGGCCAAUAUGGGCACAAAUGGGUUUAGUCGUUGGCAAAAUCUAAAAACUCUAAUGAAUAAUGCUCAAGAUAAGUCGUCGGGUCUAUCCGCACCUUCGAAUAAUGAGUUCACUGCAUUGCUUAAGCUUGUUGGUGCUCCCCUUAUUCCUUUUCAGGUUCAAUCUGACAAUACUUUGACUCGGCCUCUUAGAGAUUGUUCCAUCAGAGAUUCAAUAGGGAAAUACAUAAUACAACAGUAUGUAGCAGCAACCGGAGGACAAAGUGCAUUGAAUUCAUUGAAAAACAUGUACGCAGUUGGAGAAGUUAGAAUACAUGGAUCAGACAUGCGUCAUGGCGCCGAUGAUAAUAGUGUUAAUUCAAGAGGGAAAGCUGAAGUUGGAGGUUUCGUUCUAUGGCAAAAGAAUCCAGAUUUAUGGUGCUUGGAAUUGGUUGUUUCUGGUUUCAAAAUCACUGCUGGUAGUAAUGGCAAAGUAUCAUGGAAUCAGUCUUCUUCUCAACCUUUUCAUUCAAAUAAAGGCCCUCCUAGACCCCUUCGUCGUUUCUUUCAGGGGCUGGAUCCGAGGUGCACGGCUAACUUGUUCCUCGACGCAGAAUGUGUAGGAGAGAACAAAAUUAACGAUGAUUUGUGUUUCAUGCUAAAAUUACAAGCGGAACAAUAUUUCCUCCAAGCGCAAAGCACGUCGAACACAGAAAUUGUAAUGCACACUGUAUUGGGCUACUUUAGCCAACGAACUGGACUACUUAUCAAAUUUGAGGAUACAAAAUUGGUAAGAAUGAAGGCUGUUAAAGGAAAAGACUCUGUGUUUUGGGAAACAAACAUUGAGUCUACUAUUGACGAUUAUAGAUAUGUUGGUGGUAUUAACAUAGCUCAUGGCGGAAGGACAAUUUCCACACUUUACAGGUAUGGUGCGGCGCAUAAUCAUAAACAAAUGAUUGAAGAAACAUGGUGUAUUGAAGAAAUCGAUUUCAACAUUUUUGGGUUGUCUAUGGAUUGUUUCCUUCCUCCAUCAGAUCAUGAGAAAGAACAUGAUGGUGCAGAGCAUACAGUGGGAGUGAGUUAAGAUUUUGAUUCAAUUUAAUCACUUAACUCCUCAAAUUGUAGGAAGUGUAAAUACAACAUAGACAAGUAUAGGUGAAUCAAAAGUUUUUGUAUUUUGUCCUAUACUUGGAAGGUCCAAACUUUAUCUUUUAACAAAAAACUUUUGUUGACGUCGAA